CGUCUCUAAGGAUGCCCACCGAGUCAGCUUCGCAGGGGCCGGGCCAGGGCAUCACUUCCCUGUCCCCAACAGUGGAGGUGACCGGCAGGACUCUGCACUGGUCUUUCACACGCGCAGACUCAGAAUCGGCGGGUGGCCGGGGCUCCUAGCAACCGGCUGCCAGCCCGGGCCUGGGGAGAGAGGAGGUCGCAAUGGACGAGCCAGCCCCCGCAUCCAUCAACCACCCCUCCGCAGUACCGAGAGAAAACCUGGGACGCGGAGAGUCGCUCGUCACGACCUCGAAACAGAUCCGGAAGAGUUCAACUCUUGAUAGAGAAGGAUGGUGGAGGGUUACAUUAACGAAUACUCCAAUACCUGGCACUUACCACAUAAAGACUUUUAUUGAAGAGUCGCUAUUAAAUCCAGUGAAAGCAACCUACAAUUUUAAAAACGAAGGGAGGAAAAGGAUACCACUUGUGCAGAGAAACGACCCAGUCCCAAACGACCUCCCGCAGUACAAGCCCCCCGACUUCCUGGAGCUGUUGAAGAAGCAGAUGGCCUCCUACUCAUUCAAAGACCAGCCCCGGCCCAACCCCAGCACUCUAGUUGACAAAGAUGAGACACUCCACCUUUGCCCAGGACAGUACGAGUUACUCCCAGCUCCUGUUCCCAAGAGUUCUUCCAGGAGCUUCGUAUUUCGUUCUGAGGUUCAAAGAUUCCCACCAAACUAUUUCACACCUCAUGAAGGCCCUGGACCAGGUGAAUAUAACUUGAAACCCCCCUCAGCAGGUUCCAUUACUUCUUGUUUUCGAUCUAAGGUCCCCCGAUUCUUGCCUGCCAGUUCAAAAACACCAGGUCCAGGAGCAUACACGGCUUCAAGACAGUUCCCUAAGCAGUCCCCAACCAUCGCCAAAAUGGGUAGAGAACACAACCUCUUCUUCAAUAACACGAUUGGCUUCUAAAAUAAAGCAAUAUUGGUGCCAAGCUACUUUGAGCUUUAGCAAGUUCUUAUAUCUAGAAAGAUCUUGCCCCUUGUGAUCUUGCCCAUUUCUUUUUUUGAGGGGUGGACCCUGGAUCAGUUGCCUGGGUGACCAUCCUGUAGGAUCCUAGUCUGAGCAACCAGUUGCUCUGCUUAUCCAAGAGGACAGAUGGCUGUCCCAGAGACUGGCCCAGGCUGUGCCUUGAAGCAGCGUGCAUGGCGGAUGUGGCCAGGCUAUGUGCCACCACGCUAAUGUCGGAAGAUCUCCACAUCCCCUUGAAGGCUUCUGUGGGUCGGUUGCAUCAAGCCACAGGUAGACUUGACGGGCUCCCAAAAGAUGGCACUUUUCUCUCUUCCAACUUCCUGAGAAGAACAGUUCGACUCAACCAUGUAUAGCAUCACACAACAGAUGACAUCCUGGUCAGAGACCCAUGCAUAUAUGACAGUGGUCUCUGAACAAUACAAAGGAGCAGAAAACCCUCUGUUGCCUGCCUAAUGGCAUUGUAGUAUAGGGUAGCACGAGUUUGUGGCAACAUCAGCAUGAACGAAGCCAUCAGCCUGCCUGGUGCAUGCAAGCAUGACACUGUUCCCCUGGACAAGCUGUCACCAUCUUCGCCUCUGCUUGUCGACUGUUGAUGUUCCUUUAGGAGGAGUCAUGGGUCACCCGAGUGUCUAGCCAUGCCAUCCAACCAAUUAUCUGCAAGCCUGCCCUGGCUGCACACGGCCUCAGUGAGGAGCUUCGGGUACGUAGCUGGGAAGGAAGUCAUCAUCUGCUCACCCAACAGGAACUGUCAUCCACGCCAGACUAGGGAGGGAGUCAUCUGUGCAGCCAUGCAGGAGCUAUCCACGCCGGCUACAGACCUUCCAGAGCGCUGUCCUAAGGCCACCGUAAGCCCUCACCCUUUACUCUGUAAGCAAGUCUAAUAAACUCACUGGUUUCCCAGUGUGAACUUUA